AUAUACUAUAUACAGUAAUACAGAGGUCAAAGGAUAAGCUGAAUACGAUCCCCCAUUCAGAAGUAUCAUCACCGUUGCAAGGACAGUUAAUAUUGCCGCCAAAACAAAUGCUCUGUUCUCCUCUCCUCCGUGGUCUCUCUUCUCUGCAAAGCCCUCGCCUCCAACACCAAACCCUAAUUUUCAAAUUCCAAUCCAAAAACCCACCUCACUCCUUCCAUUUCUCACCACACCCCUCUCUUCAUCUCAAUUCCAUCAAGAAAAGUUUUGGACAUGAAAGGAGUUUUCUGGGUCCUUCUUGUUCAAAUUCAUCGGUAUCCAUUUUGUCGGAAGACGAUUUAGACGUUGAACUGGGGCGAUUAUUGGUGCUAUUGCCCGAAGAAAUGCGGCGGAGGAUCCGCGAGCACGCGGAGCUCCAUCAACUGAUUGAAGUGGUUAUGGAUUUGGGUCGGAAGCCUUUGGCUCGGUUUCCAUCAGGCGACUUUGUUUUGUCAGAUUACCCGAUAACAACGGACGAUCUUCAACAUGCUACUUCAUUGGUUGGUGACUUUGCUAUUGAUAAUCGAGCAGGCAUUAGCAGAACUUUACAUCGCAUUAGUGCCAUUAAAAAUCGAAAGGGUGCAAUUAUUGGUUUAACUUGUCGUGUUGGCCGAGCGAUAUCAGGAAGUGCCAAUUCAUUGCGAGAUUUGGUCAGAGACGGGACUUCUUUGUUGCUCAUUGGGCCUCCAGGAGUAGGGAAAACUACAAUUAUCAGGGAAAUAGCUCGAAUGCUUGCAAAUGAUUACGAGAAACGUGUGAUGAUUGUUGACACCUCAAAUGAAAUAGGUGGGGAUGGUGAUAUACCUCAUGCAGGGAUAGGUAAUGCUCGUAGGAUGCAAGUCCCCAGCUCUGACAUGCAACAUAAGGUAUUGAUCGAAGCAGUUGAAAAUCAUAUGCCGCAAGUGAUUGUAAUUGAUGAAAUUGGCACAAAACUUGAAGCAAUGGCUGCAAGCACAAUUGCACAGCGUGGAAUUCAGCUAGUUGCCACUGCGCAUGGAAUAACAAUAGAGAAUUUAAUAAAAAAUCCUUCAUUAGAGAUGCUUGUUGGAGGAAUACAGAGUGUGACACUAGGUGAUGAAGAGGCAAGCCGGAGGGGUGUUCAGAAAACAGUGCUGGAGAGGAUAGGACCCUCAACUUUUAGUUGUGGUGUCGAGAUAAUUUCGAAGACCAAGCUGCGAGUUCAUCGUAGUUUAGAAGCAACCGUUGAUGCAAUUCUCUCUGGUCGUUUCCCAAAUUAUGAAAUUCGCAACAUAAGUAGGGGAUUGCAAGAUGAAAAUGUACAAGGCGAACAUUUCGAUCAUGAUGUCUUUGACAACAAAAAUGAAUUUAUUGAUGAAGAUGGUUCAGAGAGGAAUGAUGAAUGGCCAGGCCAGAAUGAAUUCAUUUCUGAAAAGCCUGCUAGCAGAGGAGAAAGUUCUUGUGCUGAUGGAGUACUGCUUCGCAUGUUUGUUUAUGGGAUCCUGGAGACAAGUGUGCUACAAGGGCUUAAACAAUUAGAAAUGGAUGAUGCUGUUAAAAUUACUGAUAAUAUCAGCGAAGCAGAUGCAUUGCUUGCUUUGCAGUCCAAGCUCAAGAAAAAUCCUCGUAUUCAGGGUGCUGCUAAAUCUCAUGGCAUACCCAUUUAUGUCACAAAGACCAGCUCGUUGGCACAAUUAACAAAGGCCAUACAGGCGUUAAUAACUGAUCAUGCUGAUUUCUUAAAGGAUUUUGGAUCAGAAAACAAGAUAAAUGUGUCAGAGAAGAUCGAUGCCUUAGAGGAGGCGAGGAUAGCCAUUGAACAGGUAGUAAUACCAAAAGGGGAACCUGUGGAGCUGCUUCCAAGGCCAUCCAAGAUCAUGUCACUUCAAAAGGACCUCAUUCGUAAAUACAAGCUAGAAUCAGAGAAAGUUGGUAAGGAGAAGGAUGUUCGCCUUCGAAUCCUUCCAUCCGAGUAUAGGAUGGAUGAAGACGGACAGAGUGGUGAAAUUGUUGAUGCUAAUAGCAAGUUUGAUGAAUUUUUCAGCCAUUUCAGCCUGACCGCCGAGACAAAUGGUUCACCCUACGAUAUUGAUAGAUUGCCACUACUUCCUGACUAGCCAUCAGAAAUGUUGUAAAGGAUGUAUUUCUGCCUGACAGUUAUUUGUAUAGCAGUCUUGUAAAUUCUUGCUGCUGGAUUGGGUUCCUUGCUUAGUCUGUAUAUUGGCUGAGGCCUUCUGAGAAUCUCAAAUUUGUUACUGCUAUAAGCUUUUAGGUGCUGAUUGAAAAGAUACCCACAUCAAUUGGUCAUUACAAGUAAUUUCCAUGUUGCUGAUUUUUUUGACCUUUUAAUCUUAAAUCUGUAUUUUUGUUGACAAGAAAAUGUAAAACAAAAUGGGUUGAAACCAUAAUAAAGAAGAUAUGGUCAUCACUUUAGUUUCUA